UGGAUAUUGUAAUGUCAAAAUAACUCUCUUAGUGCCAAAAUAUUUGCUUUUUCGGUGUUUAUUGCGUUAUUUCUUCAAUUAAAAGGCAUUAUGAUGGAGUUAUCCGCGAAUUCUUUUUCCCGUGGCGUAUUAGAUUGUCACAUAAUCGUUCGUUUGUAGUGAUUUCGGGUGUGUUGUCGCUAAGUACAAAUGUCACUGUUGUUUAUUGUUUUGUAUUUGUUAUUAUAUCAGUGAAAUCAACCAAGAAUUUUAUAUUUUAGUGCUACUAUUUGAUUUAAAUCAGUUUGUUUUAGUGUUUUAUAGUGUUAAGUGCGAAAUAAAUUCAGUGAUUUGCAGUGUUGAGGUUAGUUUUCGUUCCCGCUUUUAUGGUGUUUUCACGGUACAUCUCUAUUUGCAGCCUCCGGUUCGAAACCAAAGAUGAAUUCACCGACACCACUCGUGCAACAGACAACGUUGGCCAUGAAUCGGAUGACGACGUUAUAGAAGUACUUAGAGACGAAGCCCCUAUUGAGAUUCUAUCUGAUGGCGAAGAGUUGGAAUUGCAAAAGUCUAGAGAUUCGUGCAUUUUUAAUAAUUUGGUAUUCAGUCCUUUCAUUUCUGAGCCUGGUGAUAUAGAACUCUCACAUCCAUUGGAUAAUUCUGUUACAAGUAUUGAACCCGCAGUGCCUUCAGAAAAUAUAUUUGCUCCUGUUAUUACAAAUACUGUAUCCAUAGAUAAAAUGCCUGUAGAUACCAUAGAAACGUCUGAUAGUAUUGAUAAUGUUCCUGUUCCUACUACAAGUGAGUUAAGUGAAAAGAGUGAAAUUGGUAAAAUUGAAAUUGAAAAUAGUAAAGUAGUAGAUACUGAAGUGGACAAAAUAAACACAGAAGUUCCUCCCAACAUACCACUUGAAACUUCCACCACUGAAUCAAUUACUUAGAAUUGAGAUUACUUAAUGUUAAGUGACAUUUGAUUAAAAUUGUUUGAAAUAUGUGCUAAAAUCUGUUCCGAACAUAUUUUUGUAUUAGAUAUAAUGGGUUAGUGUUACUUUUUGUCACUAUAACUUAUUAAGUAUU